AGUUCUGAAUUAAUAAACGCUUCUGCUCUGAAACAUUCCAGUCACAAGUCAUCUCUCGCAACACAGAAAGAGCAAACUCCUCCACUAAUCGAUUUCUAUCUGGAUGACAAUCCCGGUGUGCAAGAGCCAUCAGUUUUACAGCAGGAAAAAUCACCAAAGAUCACAACGGCAACAAACAGUAAGAAGACAGCAGCAGUAGCAGCACCAAAAAAGAAAGACUGGGACGAUGAUGCCUGGGAACUGCUUAAUGAAUGA